AUGUUUUUCCAAUUGAUGAAUCAUUUUUAAUUAAUUCUUUCUCUUGAUUAACUUUGGAUUUUGGUGUGUUUUCUAUAAUUAAUUUGAUUGUUAAAGUGUUACUUUGAAAGUGUUACAUCAAUUGUUCCAUGAAUUAUUCUAAAUUAAUGUGAUUCUUCAAUGGAUAUGAUUACCUUUUAUUUUCUUGUUGUUACCCUAUUCCAAUCAGAUCUUUUGUUGACCAAUUGUAUCUGUCAAUUUCCAUCCCAUUGGUCUGGAAUUUGGUUUCAGAAAGGAGUUCAUGAUAGGAUAAGAAUUACUUCUAAUUCUAUUUCUGAUAAGGGUAAUUGUACUGAAAAUGAUAAAGCAAAAUUUCUUAUUUACAAUAAAUCGGAAAAUUGUGCCCGAUGUAUGGUAAUUUAUGAGAAACAUCAUAAUGUGUUACAGUACAAAGAGACUCUCUGUUCAACUGUUCCUCGCAAGUUAAAUGAUCUUUGCGAUGAAAUAAAUGGAGAUGCACCGCUUUUCUCUUUAUUUCGACUUGAUACUCCACCAGUUCCCUGUCCUUUUAGUGGUUAUUUUAAAUUCUCCUACAACCGUGGACGAGGAGAAUGUGGUGAUCCACCAUCAACAAUUGACUCGUGUACAGAUGAGAAUCAUCUUUUGUUCCGCUUCCAAGCUUGUACCGACGUUCAAGGAUCUGAGAGUAAAGUUGUUACACUUGAAUGUUAUGCUACUUGGAAAGGAGGGUCUGUAAAAUAUCUUGUAGGCAAAUUUCUUCAUCCAUCUGCAAAAGAUGAAGAUGAUCGUUUCCAUUGUUUCGUAUUUGAACAAAGGCCCGAUAAUACAUAUCAUUUAGCUCAGUCAGCUGACGCUUCCUGUGAUGGUUUGGAACAAACUCUGGAAGGCUCAGCUACAAUGAAAUUAGCUCGAACCGAAAGAUUAGAAAACCAAUGCUCAUUUCCGGAUUUAGCAAUUACAGGUCGCUAUUGGCAAACUCUGGAUGGAUCUCAUGUUUAUGAUUUUGGUCAUGAAAACUCAUUCAGUGUCUAUUCUAAGCAGGAAGGAACUUUGCUCAGAUUUGUUAAUUGUACUCAACAUGAUCCUACUUCUGAUGCCUUCGUGGUCUAUUCCACCGCUAAAUGCGAUAUUGGCUAUGUUUGUAUGAAGAUAGUCAAACGAAGUGAUAAUAUAAUUGAAAUACUUCAAGGAGACUUGGUUAAAUCCAUUGGAGAUGCUUGUCUCAACUUUAAUAAAUAUGAAUACAUCACAUUAACAGGAUUAAGACCCACCGAAGGUGAUGAAUCAUUUACUCAAUGUCCUCUCGACGGAAUUUACAAUGUCAAUGUUCAAGGUAAUGAGGCAUCGUUAAGAUCUGCGACCGGAUUCCCGUUAAUUACCAUUUGCUUUGGUCGAUCAAUCCUUUUCUCUCAAUGUAUUGUACCUAAUCGAAUGCGUUUUGAACUAUCAUGUGGAUCAACUGAGCCCACUUUCAAAUAUUUCCAAUGUAAUGGCCUUUGGCACGAAAAUGGAACUAAUUAUUUAUUACUUUAUUCGGCGGACGAUGAUAUUCAAUAUUGUUUAAACUACAAGGAGACAGAAUCUCGUAUUAUAAAGGCAACGUUUAGUAAUACAAACUGUCGUCCAAGUAGAAAAGCUCAACAAUUAAGCAAUUCUUAUAGUAUUAAUGAUUAUGAUUACCACAAAAGUGGUCCCUCUAACAACCAUGAGCUCUCAAGAAAUCAUCACCAUAGCGAAUCCAUUCAUUUUGAUCUGUCAAGUAAAGGAUUAUGCUAUGCAACAGCACAUGGCUCAAGUAAUUUUCAUAUCAACCAAUUAAUGCUCAGCCUUCCUAUCGGAGUAUUGUUAAUAAGAUUCACUCAAAUUUUGUAAUUUACUAUUUUAUCAACUGAAUAAUCCAAAUGAACACUUUGGAAAAGAGAUGGAGGAGUAAUCAAAGGAUAUUGUGUUCUCAAGGCUUACAUUUGUACUGUUCCUGUUAAUCAGUGAACAUUGGCCAACUCUCAAAGAAAAAAAAAUCGUAAAUCAUCAAGUUACUUUUAACUUUUACCUAAGGUAAUAUUACCUUUAGAAACUACAUCUUAAUGUGAAAAGGAUUACUUGAUUUACUGAUUAAUUUUCACCAUCCUGGUUGAUUACAACUUCCUCAUCUAAUUACCUGACCACUCGAUCUAAUAAUAAGCAAUAAGUCAUUAUCUUAAUUUGUUGAUAAAGAUAAUUUGACUGUAAAGGAUAAACACACAAAAGGCUGUGAAAGGAAACAAUUGUAAUUACUCAAACUGCGUAAUUACCACAAGAUUCGUGUUCCCACCAAAUCGGAUAGUCUGGACAAUACUACCAAUUGAAACUCAAUCGAAAGGUUUUCCAAAACCUUGUCGAUUAAGACAACUAGUCAUCUGCUAUCAAGAAGCGACAACAAAAGAGUGGCCUUUAAGUGUCUCUAUCUGUCUUUAUUGAUAUUCCAAUUUUAUUCCUCAAAAAGGUUUUUCUUUUUUUUAACCUUGUUUUUACGGCAACUAUCAAGUUAAAUGUUUUCUCUCUCAUCAUCAUCAAUAACUUUCUCAAUUCUCAUCAUUUUUGAUGUGUCAAUUUCUCACCGAUUCCCUGCGACAAAAAUUCACUCUCAAUUGUACAAUCAAAGGCGUUAUAUUUUUAAACCAAUUUUCCAAUUCACUUUGGAAUCUCAAAGCACAACAGUUGAAGACAAUUCUCGCUCUCAACAUUUUGAUCUGUUUGAUUAACAUCCGUUUUCUUGAUCAAUUUGGUUGUUACAAUUUCAACUGAUCAAGCUGAUCUGUGUUAUUUAUUACAUGAACAAGUUCAACUUUAAUGAUCGUGUCAUAAAAACUAAAACGCCAACACUUAGACUCUCAAAUCCAAAAUCCAACUGAAUGGCCACAACGUUGAUUAUUAGUAAACAAUGUAAAAUUUUGUACAGUUACAAUCAACGUAUAAACCUGAUCAAUACAAAAAUAAUAAAUUAUCAAAAUAUUGAUACUGAUCCAUUAAGAUAAAUUGUUUCAUUUUUCGUGUAACCAAA